AGAGGACAAGAGGAGGGUCUGCCUGCGCGCUCCCGUGCGUGCCCACCUCCUGUUUGCCAUCCGAUCCUACCCCGGACUAUUCGCUGACUCAGUGCCUUAAGCAGCAUCACCGUUCACCUGAACAGAGCUACAGCAUCCUCUGAGGACAAAUACAUCAGCCAUGGCCAAAACAGCAAGCGCAUACAAAGAGAAGAUGAAGGAGCUGUCUGUCCUCUCCCUCAUCUGCUCCUGCUUCAACAACGAGUCACGCAACAACAAGCUCAUGUGUGAGUUUGAAGACAUGGAGGUGAAACCCAUAAACAAGCGAGCCUCUGGCCAGGCCUUUGAGGUGAUCCUCAAGACACCAUCUCCGGUGUCAGAUGUAGCCCACAACCUCCCCUCGCCCCCUAAGAGGGACAUCUCCUUAGAGGACAUUGAGAAGAAACUGGAGGCUGCUGAGGACCGGAGGAAGUAUCAGGAGGCCCAGGUGCUGAGGGCUUUGGCAGAAAAGCGAGACCACGAGAGGGACGUGUUGCUAAAGGCCAUGGAAGAGAACAGCAACUUCAGCAAGAUGGCCGAGGAGAAGCUCCAGAUGAAGAUGGAGCAGAUCAAGGAGAACCGUGAAGCCUAUCUGGCAGCUAUGAUUGAGCGUUUACAGGAGAAGGAGAGACGUGCAGCUGUGGUGCGCAAGAACAAAGAGCUGAGGGAAGAGCUGAGGGAAGAGCUGACAGCAUGAGCCUCACACAAGUCCUGACUUCCAUGGUCCAUCAACAUCCCUCCAUCCAGCCCCGCCUCCCCUCCCUCACCCCGCCCUCACCCCCCCCCUCAGAACAGACACCCAAACCUGGAGGCCGAGAGGUUCGAGGACCUCAGCACCACAUCACAACACGCCGCACCACCAGUACUCACUUCUAUCAGUAUUAUCAGUGGAUACAAACAUCACUUACACCCAUCUUGAGAGUUGAAUGGAUUUGUUGAUCUUAGAGAAAAUGUGGGAAUAUGGCUUUUAUUUUGUAAAUACUUUUUCUUAAAGUCUAUCUAUCUAUCUAUCUAUCUAUCUAUGAUGGUAGGUGAAGUACAAUACAAAGACUGUACUGUACUGCACUGUACAAUUUCAAACAUUUGGUUUGUGAUUGAUUAACGUUUCAGUUUUUGAAAUUUGACUCUACAACCAUUUUCUUGUGAAAGCUGUUGGUGUUGUGAGUUGGCUGUAGACUGACAUUUGCAAUGUUUCCUGAUGAUGUCAUGACGAUGAUGAUGAUGAUGUUUCUGUGUCUUUGUGAAGAAUGACGGUUGGUGUACCUACACUGCAGGCUCCUCCUCGAGAUAUCGACGUAUCCCAACAGUAUCUUCCGCACGCACACCCACUCAUUCUCUUGACACGCACGCUUUGAACCUAACAAUACGCCACAGAUCCAUAAAGUGUCCACCUCCUCUGACAUGAGCUUGAUAAUGAACUUGAUAGGUGCUUUAUUGUUAUUGAGAAUGUCUUUGCCCACCGGGAGCAUCUGUUUAUACACUCACAGAUUCCCACUUAUCCUGACAACGCCAUGUCUCAAUCAAUCCAUCUUUGGCCAAAAUCAAUAGCUCUGUUACAUACACAGUAUUUGGGCAUUAAGCUCUUGAAUGUUAUGACACCAUACUGGUACUAUGUGUUGGACAGUGGAAUGUGCCGUUGCUCCCACCUUGAUAUUGAUAGUGUGAACAUAACGUAUGUCUGUGUGGGUGUGUGUGAACGCGAAUUUACCACAAGGCAUCACUAGCCUCUGCUCUCUUUAGGGGGUUAGAUGGAGAACGGAUGCAGGAUGCUUUACAUUCAGCACACUGAACUAGUCUCUUUUUAAUAUACAGUACCACUGAUAUCUGCCUGCAUCCUCUGCUGCUUGUGUUACUCCCUUCAUAUAUUUCUCUGUGAAAGCUUUGCUGAAUAAAGGUUUGAGGUUCUGUGAACAUGGCAUGCACCAUCUAAUACUUUUGUGUGCUACAAGAGGAGGGAAAAUGUAAACUGCCAAAUAAAAGAACCAGUUAUCUACACAUCCUGAGAA